AUGAGCAUAGAGCCAUUUAACAAAUUGGUGAAGUUGGCGGCGAGGGCAUUUUACGAUGAUAUUACUGCAAAAGGAGAUAACCAACCGAAAUCAGGGAGGAGUGAUAAUAGGGGAAUUGCUGUUGUAGUUCUUGAUGCUCUCACGAGACGCCAAUGGGUACGCGAAGAAGAUUUAGCAAAAGAUUUGAAGUUGCAUUUAAAGCAACUUCGGAGGACUUUGCGGUUUUUUGAAGAAGAAAAACUGGUAACCAGGGAUCACAGAAAAGAGACUGCCAAGGGUGCAAAAGCCUAUAGUGCUGCAGUUGCUGCUACUGCUGAUAGUCUUACUGGAAGAGAAGGAGAAGAGAAAAUUAAACUUCACACUCACUCUUAUUGCUGUCUUGACUAUGCACAGAUACAUGAUGUGGUGAGGUAUAGAUUGCACCGGAUGAAGAAAAAAUUAAAAGACGAAUUAGACAACAAGAACACAGUCCAAGAAUAUGUAUGCCCAAAAUGUGGAAAAAGAUACAAUGCUCUGGAUGCUAUUCGGUUAAUCUCAUUUGAAGACGACUCUUUUCAUUGUGAAAGUUGUGAUACCGAAUUAGUAGCAGAAAGUGACAAAUUAGCUUCCCAACAAGAUAUUGGAGAUGGUGAUGAUAAUGCAAGAAGACGACGUCGUGAGAAAUUAAGGGAUUUGCUUCAAAAAUUGGAGGUGGAAUUGAAGCCUUUAACAGAUCAGCUUGGAAGAGUAAAAGACCUUGAAGCCCCUGAUUAUGGAACUCUUCAAGCAUGGGAAGUACGUGCAAGUGCCGUUGCACGUGCAUCUAAUAAUGAUCCUGGUGGCAACGAUGCUUCUAGAUCCGGACAGGGAGGGACACCUAUGCCGUUUCUUGGAGAGACAAAGGUUGAGGUGGCUUUUUCUGGUGCUGAAGAAAAGGGGGAUAUAAAACCUGAGAAUGCGCCUAUGAAAGUGUUGCCACCAUGGAUGAUUAAAGAGGGGAUGAAUCUUACAAAUGAACAGCGUGGGGGUGUAAAGCAAGAAGAAUCAAAAAUGGAAGGAGGAACUUCUUCUGCUUCUGGAGCUGCUGCUAUGGAUUUCAAAGAUGACAAGAAGUUGAUUAACCAAGAGGAUGAUGUCAAGAAUCUUCAGGAUGAAUAUUUCAAAGCGUAUUAUGCGGCUUUACUUCAGAGGCAAAAAGAACAAGAAGAAGGCACCAAGAAGGAACAAGAUUUGCCUGCUGCUGAUGUGGAGGCCUCAAACUCAAGAAAACGCCAACGUGAUGAUGAUGAUGACGUGGAAUGGGAAGAGACUCCAACUGCAGCAGGUGAGACUUUCAAGGUUGACUUGAAUGUGGAAGCAGCUGAGCCUUCAGGUGAUGAUGAAGAUGAUGAUGAUGAUGAUGAAUUGAUUGGGAAGAGGGUUAAGUACCUGUACUACUUACUAGAAGAAGAAAGCUUCUUCCCAGACUAGAGAUGGGGAACUCCUUCCUAAAAGCAACAAACGUCCCUCUGGUUUUUAACCCAUAUUUCUUGUUGUACCUGAUCAAGAAUUGAUUACCGAGAAUUAUGAUUAAUGUAUUACCUGAUUUGGAAUUUAGCCAAUCAGGAGGUGUGCCAGUAUUGGAGAAAUUUUUUAUGAGAAAUAACUUGUAGUUUUAAUGAAUGGUUUCAUAGAUUUUGAUGCUUUUCGAAUAACUAGUCUCUAAGCUGACAGCAUGUCGAAAUAUAGUGUUAUAUGUUGAAAUUUUCAUUAAAUGAAUAAUGUCGAUAUCAAUGAAUCGAUUCCAAAUUCAACAAUAUCUUCCUCUAAAUGGAAAAUUCAUAAAGGGAAUGUUAUAAUAGAGAAAAUGUGGUAAAGCGUCAUCAUACCCUUAAUUUGUAGUUGUCCCUUUCUUUUCUUCUUUACUUGACUGUAUCUCCACCUGAAACCUUUAUAGCUAUUAUUACUUUGUUCUGACCACAUUUUCUGAUCACGAGUUUGUCUCAUUUUUUUUCUGAUCAUAAAUUUAGUGAUUGUGAUGAUGGAUUGCGUUGGUGAUGGCAUAAUGAUGGUGAGUUCCGAUGGUGAUGUUCUGUGAGGAAUAUCGCUGUGAAGAAAAAGAUUCACGUAGAGAUACAGUACAAUUAUAUUCUCUAUGUUCCGAUGAUGGUCUGGGAGACAAAUUUAAGAGAAAGAUUGUUUCAGAAUUGUUACAAUUCAAUAAAUUUGUAUUGCUUUGAUGUAAAAAGUAUAGUCUAUUCUUUUAAGAAUGACUAAGUUUUAUUAGGUAGUCU